GAUCCGAGCCCGGGGAGCGGCCGCAGAGGCUGCCCGGCCCCGCCGCCCCUCCCGCCGUUGGCGCCUGCUCCGGGCCCAGGGGCCCCGGCCGCGGUCUUCACCAUGAGUGUCCCUGACUACAUGCAGUGCGCCGAGGACCACCAGACUCUCCUCGUGGUGGUCCAGCCCGUGGGGAUCGUCUCGGAGGAGAACUUCUUCAGGAUCUACAAGAGGAUCUCGUCGGUGAGCCAGAUCAGCGUGCGUGACUCGCAGCGCGCGCUCUACAUCCGCUACCGGCACCACUACCCGCCGGAGAACAGCGAGUGGGGCGACUUCCAGACCCACCGCAAGGUCGUGGGCCUCAUCACCAUCACUGACUGCUUCUCAGCCAAGGACUGGCCGCAGACCUUCGAGAAGUUCCACGUGCAGAAGGAGAUCUACGGCUCCACGCUGUACGACUCUCGCCUCUUCGUGUUCGGGCUGCAAGGGGAGAUCGCGGAGCAGCCGCGCACCGACGUGGCCUUCUACCCCAGCUACGAGGACUGCGCGACGGUGGAGAAGCGCAUCGAGGACUUCGUGGAGUCGCUCUUCAUCGUGCUCGAGUCCAAGCGCCUGGACAGGGCCACGGACAAGUCCGGGGACAAGAUCCCUCUCCUCUGCGUCCCCUUCGAGAAGAAGGACUUCGUGGGGCUGGACACAGACAGUAGACAUUACAAGAAGCGGUGCCAGGGGCGCAUGCGGAAGCACGUGGGGGACUUGUGCCUGCAGGCCGGGAUGCUGCAGGACUCCCUGGUCCACUACCACGUGGCGGUGGAGCUGCUCCGCUCCGUGAAUGACUUCCUGUGGCUUGGAGCUGCCCUGGAAGGGUUGUGUUCGGCCUCCGUCAUCUAUCACUACCCUGGUGGAACCGGCGGUAAAACUGGAGCUCGCAGGUUCCCGGGCAGUGUGCUUCCUGCAGAAGCGGCCAACAGACAUCGACCAGGGGCCCAAGAAGUUCUCAUUGACCCAGGUGCGCUCACUACGAACGGCAUCAACGCCGACACCAGCGCGGAGAUUGGACGGGCGAAGAACUGCCUGAGCCCCGAGGACAUCAUUGAGAAGUACAAGGAGGCCAUCUCCUACUACAGCAAGUAUAAGAACGCCGGGGUGAUUGAGUUAGAAGCGUGUGUCAAGGCCGUCCGCGUCCUCGCCAUUCAGAAGCGGAGCAUGGAAGCUUCGGAAUUUCUCCAGAAUGCAGUUUACAUCAACCUUCGGCAGCUCUCCGAGGAGGAGAAGAUCCAGCGCUACAGCAUCCUCUCCGAGCUCUACGAGUUGAUCGGCUUCCACCGCAAGUCCGCCUUCUUCAAGCGCGUGGCCGCUAUGCAGUGCGUGGCCCCGAGCAUCUCGGAGCCUGGCUGGAGGGCCUGCUACAAGCUGCUCCUGGAGACACUUCCUGGCUACAGCCUGUCGCUGGAUCCACAGGACUUCAGCAAAGGCACUCACCGAGGCUGGGCUGCCGUCCAGAUGCGUCUGCUGCACGAGCUGGUGUACGCGUCCCGGAGAAUGGGGAACCCCGCCCUCUCUGUCAGGCACCUGUCCUUCCUGCUGCAGACCAUGCUGGACUUCUUGUCAGACCAAGAAAAAAAGGAUGUGACACAGAGCCUGGAGAACUACACCUCCAAGUGUCCCGGGACCAUGGAGCUCCUCACCCUCCCAGACGGGCUUAUGCUGCCGCCAGUGCCCUUCACCAAGCUGCCCAUCGUCAGGCGUGUGAAACUGCUGAACCUUCCCGCCAGCCUCCGGCCACAGAAGAUGAAGAGCUUGCUGGGCCAAAGCGUGUCGGCCAAGAGCCCCUUCAUCUACUCCCCAAUCAUCGCCCACAGCCGCGCGGAGGAGCGCAGCAAGAAAAUAGAUUUCCAGUGGGUUCAAGGAGAUGUGUGUGAAGUUCAGCUGAUGGUGUAUAACCCAAUGCCAUUUGAACUCCGAGUUGAAAACAUGGGACUGCUCACGAGCGGAGUGGAGUUCGAGUCUCUCCCCGCGGCGCUCUCCCUCCCGGCCGAGUCUGGUCUUUACCCGGUGACGCUUGUUGGGGUCCCGCAGACGACGGGGACGAUCACUGUGAACGGCUACCACACCACGGUGUUUGGCGUCUUCAGCGACUGUCUGCUGGACAACCUCCCGGGAAUCAAGACCAGCGGCUCCACGGUGGAGGUCAUCCCUGCACUGCCCCGCCUGCAGAUUAGCACGUCUCUGCCCAGGUCCGCACAUUCCUUACAGCCUUCCUCUGGUGAUGAAAUAUCUACUAACGUGUCCGUCCAGCUUUACAACGGGGAAACCCAGCAGCUUGUCGUGAGACUGGAGAACAUUGGGAUGGAGCCACUGGAGAAACUGGAAGUCACCUCGAAAAUCCUCACCACCAAAGAAAAGCUGUACGGUGAAUUCUUGAGCUGGAAACUGGAAGAUACCCUUGCCCAGUUCCCUUUGCAACCUGGAAAGGUGGCCACCUUCACCAUCAGCAUCAAAGUGAAGCUGGACUUCUCCUGCCAGGAGAACCUCCUCCAAGACCUCAGCGAUGACGGCAUCAGCGUGAGCGGCUUUCCGCUAUGCAGCCCCUUCCGCCAGGUGGUGAGGCCCCGGGUGGAGAGCAAGCCCGUGAACGCAGCCGAGGGCGGCCGGCCCGGGGAGCUGGGCCACGUGAAGACCCUGGAAGCUGUCCUGAACUUCAAAUACUCCGGAGGCCCAGGCCACGUUGAAGGGUAUUACAGGAGCCUGGCCCUGGGGCUGCAUGUGGAGGUGGAGCCGUCUGUGUUCUUCACGAGGGUCAGUACCCUGCCGGCCACCAGCACCCGGCAGAGCCACCUGCUCCUGGACGUCUUCAACUCCACGGAGCACGAGCUGAGCGUCCGCGCCCGGAGCGACGAGGAGCUCGUCCUGCACGCAGGCGAGUGCCAACGAAUGGCCAUUCAAGUGGACAAGUUCAACUUCGAGAGUUUUCCAGAAUCCCCGGCGGAUAAGGGGCAGUUUGCAAAUUCCAAACAACUGGAGGAGGAGAGGCAGGAAGCCCGAGGCCUGGAGAUCAACAGCAAGCUGGACAUCCACUGGACCAUCCCAUCUCUGAAGCGCACGGGCGAGGCGAGUGUGGAGGGCCUCCUGAACCAGCUGGUCUUGGAGCACUUGCAGCUGGCCCCUCUGCUGUGGGACGUGCUGGUGGACGGACAAGCCUGUGACUGCCAGGCGGCGGCCUGCCGGGUCGGUGACCCGGUGCGCCUGGAGGUGCGGCUGACCAACCGGAGCCCGCGCAGCGUGGGGCCCUUCGCCCUCAGCGUGGUGCCCUUCCAGGAUCACCAGAACGGCGUGCACAACUACGACCUGCACCACGCCGUGUCCUUCGUGGGCUCUGGCACCUUCUACCUGGACAAGGUGCAGCCGUCGGGCCAGGUGGCCUGCCUCGGGGCGCUUCUCUUCCUCUACACGGGCGACUUCUUCCUCCACAUCCGGUUCCACGAGGACGGCCCCAGCAAGGAGCUGCCCCCAUCCUGGUUCUGCCUGCCCAGUGUACACGUGCGCGCCCUGGAGGCGCAAGCCUGAGCGCCCCGCCCCGUCCCGGGUCCCUGAUCCUGCAGGGAGAGACGACCAGAGGCCCCCUCCUCCUGGCCACCCGGCCCUCAGCCCACACCCACCACGUCUGCCCACCGCGUCCUCUCUGGGACUCACAGGGGCCCCCCUGCAAGCUUGGGCUAAAGCAGAUGCUGACCCAGACCCCAGCGUAUGACCCAUCCACCCAGCCCAGGCCUGGGGUCCCUGCACCUGUUCCCAUGACCUGGGGUUCACCACCUAGCCGGUAGGAAGGGAAGGCGAGUGUGAGGGGGGGGGCCCUGCCCGGGUGGGUCUGGGGAGCCUCCCCCGGCCCCCUUGGCCCUUGGCAUCCCCCAAGGGCUGGCUCUUCUCCUGGGGACCCCGAGGCAGCCGAGCUGGGAGAGACGGCCCUGUGGGUGACACCGAGAGUUCCCCCAGCCCCGGGGAGUAGACACCCUGCAUCAGCCGUCCUGGGCCCUGGGCUGGGUCCAGGCUGGGUUUGGGGGUGUGGCCUGUGUGUGUCCGUGUAUCGGUGACAGAUUCUCCAAUAAAGGGCCUGCCUUGCUUCUCUGCUGGUCA